AAGAGAGACAGGUGUUAGGGCAAAGUUGAGAGUAGUGGUGGGUCUGUUUCUGACAUAAGUCCCCAUUUCCCGCCUUUGCUCUUGUUUGAAUAUCUCUCCUUCUCCUCCAUCUUCCUCCACUAAAGAUAUAGAGAGAGAAAGUUAAAAGACUGAGACUUUCAUCAGAGAUAAGAAAGAAAGAGAGUGACAGUGUGUGGAUGUGAAUUUUUUUUUGUUUUUGUGUUGGAAAAUGGAUACCCCUCAGAAGAGUGUUACUCAGAUCGGAACUCCAAUUUCCAAAUCCAGAUUUGAGGAUUCUCCAGUGUUCAAUUACAUAAACAGUUUGUCUCCAAUAAGACCAGUUAGAUCCAUACCAAAUCCUAACCAAUUUAGCUCUCUGAAUUUCACUUCUCCUCCCUCUGUUUUCACUUCACCACACCUAACUUCUUCUCACAAAGAAUCUCGAUUCUUCAAAACUCACAACUCUUCUUCUUCUUCUUCUUCAUCUUCUGAUCCUACCAAUCCCGUUGAAUCUCGAGAAGAUGAGUCUACUUCUUAUGAAGAUGUUGUAGCAGAAGGAGAAGAAGAUACAAAAGAUCUCAAUAUAGAUUCUUCCAUGCGAGAAGAAGAAACAAAUCGUGAUGAUUCUGUUUCUUCACCGUGUGGCAGAGAUACUACCGAUCUUUCGCUUGUUCCAUACGCUCCUCGAGGAGAGAAUGGUACUUCUGAGGAUGCAGGAAUGGAGCUGCAGAAGAUGUAUGAUAAUGUUCAAGGGAAAACCGAAACUCCGGAUUGGGAAAGUUUGAUUUCAGAUGCUUCUGAGCUGCUGAUCUUCGACUCACCUGAUGCUUCAGAGGCUUUUAGAUGUUUUAUGAUGCAGAGAGCAUCAAACUCUGAAGCACGUUUUAGCAAUGGUGUGGAGGUGCAAACAAUGCAGCCCGAUUCAAACAAGGAACCACAGUCCUCGGAUGCGAUUCCUUAUGAGGCUGUUUCACUCUUGCAUCGCGGUAUAAGAAGACGCUGCCUUGACUUUGAGAUGCCGGGAAAUAAGCAAACUAACAAUGCGGCUUGUGAAUCCUCGUCAAGAUGUGUUGUACCGAGUAUUGGUCUUCAUCUAAACGCCAUUUUAAUGUCCUCAAAGGACUGUAAAACCAAUGUCAGUCAUGAUUACUCAUGUUCUGGGAAGAUACAAGUGGGUUUACAAAGCUCCAUCUCUACAAUGCAAGAUACUUUGGACCAAACAGAAAAUGAAGCCCGGGAAGAUGCAGAUCAAGAUGUUCCCGUUGAACCAGCCUUGCAAGAGUUGAAUUUGAGCAGCCCUAAGAAGAAGAGAGUUAAGUUGGAUUCUGGAGAAGGCGAGUCGUGUAAGCGAUGCAACUGCAAAAAGUCCAAGUGUUUGAAACUUUACUGUGAAUGCUUUGCUGCUGGAGUCUAUUGCAUAGAGCCAUGUUCAUGUAUAGACUGCUUCAAUAAACCUAUCCAUGAAGACGUUGUCCUGGCGACUCGCAAACAGAUUGAAUCUCGGAAUCCACUUGCAUUUGCUCCUAAAGUCAUUAGGAACUCUGAGUCGGUUCUAGAAACCGGGGAUGAUGCAAGCAAAACUCCAGCUUCUGCACGCCACAAACGUGGCUGCAACUGCAAGAAAUCAAACUGUUUGAAAAAAUACUGUGAAUGCUAUCAGGGUGGGGUGGGCUGUUCCAUAAACUGUAGAUGUGAAGGAUGUAAGAACGCAUUUGGCCGCAAAGAUGGGUCUUCCAAUGACAUGGAAGCACAACAAGAGGAGGAAAAUGAAACAUCUGAGAAAAGCAGAACAGCCAAAGUCCAACAGAACACUGAGGUUUUAAUGAGAAAGGAGGCGAGGUCCGAUCUACCUACGACACCAACCCCAAUUUACAGACCAGAAUUGGUUCAAAUACCUUUCUCAUCAUCUAAGAAUAGAAUGCCUCCUCCACAGUCUCUUCUUGGAGGUCGAUCUUCCUCGGGGAUAUUCAACAGUCAAUAUUUAAGAAAACCAGACAUAAGUUUGACUCAAUCCCGGAUCAAGAAGUCAUUCGAGACAGUUGCAGAGGAUGGAGCUGAAGAAAUGCCUGAGAUUCUCAUCCACUCCCCUAUACCUAACAUCAAGAGUGUCUCUCCCAACGGCAAAAGGGUCUCCCCUCCUCAUAUGGAAUCAUCUAGCUCAGGGUCAAUCUUAGGGAGAAGAAGUGGCGGGCGGAAACUGAUAUUGCAGUCGAUUCCAUCGUUUCCUUCUCUCACUCCCCAACACUGAAAGCAUUUGGUGUUGUGUAGCUAUGGAAAUUCUUUGAAUCUUUUUCAAGGUGAAAGAUGAUAUAUGUCAACUUCUAGUUGGUAGUAAGUUAGCACUUAGCACACUUUAAGUCUGUAGUCUAGUGGUUGUGUAAUAAAGGUGUCAAUCCAUCAUGUUCUUCACAACAAAAACCAAACAUUUCUUGUAAUAUAUAAGUUUCUUCUCUUGAAGUUCUUGUCCGCUGUAUCGAAACAUACCGUGUCUGCUCUGAAAA